AUGCUUGUUGAGUUUGAGGAUAAAGAAGCUACUGAAGAGGCCAAAUCUAGAUUUGAUGAUCUUUUAACCGGGAAAAGAAAGAUAAGUCCGGAUACCAUUUUUGCAAUUUGUAUGGCUGUAAUGAGGGAUGCAGAUUGUGAAACUUUCGAUAAAGUAGUCGAGCUCAGAGAUCGGAUGGAGAUGUCAUACAACAAAAUAAGAAUUUUGACAGCAAUGGGAUGUGCCCAUAAUGAAGAAGUUGUGCAAAAAGUCCUAAAUUACGGUCUAAGUGGUGAAGUCGACAAAACAGACUUUCAAUACAUAAUUUACCAUAUCACAAAUACACCACGAGGACGAAUAAUAGCCUGGAAAUUUCUGAAGGAAAACCAGGAACGAAUUGCAGAAAUGUACAAGGGCCAGAAACGAUUAGCUGUGAUUGUUAUGUUACUCAUCCACAAAUUUGCCUGUGGUGCCAAGGCCAAGGAAAUUGAGGCUCAUUUUAAGGAACAUCCGAUGCCAGAAGCUGCUUUUGCUAUUUCUUAUGCUGUGGAAUCUCUUCGGGCAGGGCCAAGGCUGUUAAGAAAAUUUAUGAAGAGUUGUCUACGUUUUUGCAAAAGAAAUGCUGAAGAAAACAAAUUUUUUAGACCAACUUUGGAUAAAUUUAUAGGAAUUGUUGCAAAAGACAACGUUCUUAGAUUGGUGAUGGAAAGAUCAUAA